AACGAGUGGAAUAUCUCUUUCUCAUCAUUUUUACUGUGGAAGCAUUUUUAAAAGUAAUAGCCUAUGGACUUCUCUUUCACCCUAAUGCUUACCUCCGCAACGGGUGGAAUUUACUAGAUUUUAUAAUUGUGGUUGUAGGGCUUUUUAGUGCAAUUUUAGAACAAGCAACCAAAGCUGACGGGGCAAAUGCUCUAGGAGGGAAAGGGGCUGGAUUUGAUGUGAAGGCGCUGAGGGCGUUCCGCGUGCUGCGCCCCUUGCGGCUGGUGUCCGGAGUUCCAAGUCUCCAGGUGGUUCUGAAUUCCAUCAUCAAGGCCAUGGUUCCCCUGCUGCACAUCGCCCUGCUAGUGCUGUUUGUCAUCAUUAUCUAUGCUAUCAUUGGCCUGGAACUCUUCAUGGGGAAAAUGCAUAAGACCUGCUACAACCAGGAGGGCAUAGCAGAUGUUCCAGCGGAAGAUGAUCCCUCCCCUUGUGCUCUGGAGACAGGCCAUGGACGGCAGUGUCAGAAUGGCACUGUGUGCAAGCCUGGGUGGGAUGGGCCCAGGCACGGCAUCACCAACUUCGACAACUUCGCCUUCGCCAUGCUCACGGUGUUCCAGUGCAUCACCAUGGAAGGCUGGACAGACGUGCUAUACUGGAUGCAGGACGCUAUGGGCUAUGAGUUACCCUGGGUGUAUUUUGUCAGUCUGGUCAUCUUUGGAUCCUUUUUCGUUCUAAAUCUGGUUCUCGGUGUGUUGAGCGGAGAGUUCUCCAAAGAGAGGGAGAAGGCCAAGGCUCGGGGGGAUUUCCAAAAGCUACGAGAGAAGCAACAACUGGAAGAGGACCUGAAAGGCUACCUGGACUGGAUCACACAGGCGGAAGACAUUGACCCUGAGAACGAGGACGAAGGCAUGGAUGAGGAGAAACCCCGAAACAUGAGCAUGCCCACAAGUGAGACGGAGUCUGUCAACACUGAGAACGUGGCUGGUGGUGACAUCGAGGGAGAAAACUGUGGGGCCAGGCUGGCCCACCGGAUCUCCAAGUCAAAGUUCAGUCGCUACUGGCGCCGGUGGAAUCGGUUCUGCCGAAGGAAGUGUCGUGCCGCAGUCAAGUCCAAUGUCUUCUACUGGCUCGUGAUUUUCCUGGUGUUCCUCAACACGCUCACCAUUGCCUCGGAGCAUUACAACCAGCCGCACUGGCUCACAGAAGUCCAAGACACGGCCAACAAGGCGCUCCUGGCCCUGUUCACUGCGGAGAUGCUGCUGAAGAUGUACAGCCUGGGCCUGCAGGCCUACUUCGUGUCCCUCUUCAACCGCUUCGACUGCUUCAUUGUGUGCGGGGGCAUCCUGGAGACCAUCCUGGUGGAGACCAAGGUCAUGUCCCCCUUGGGCAUCUCUGUGCUGAGAUGUGUUCGGCUCCUGAGGAUAUUUAAAAUCACCAGGUACUGGAACUCCUUAAGCAACCUGGUGGCAUCCUUGCUGAACUCCGUGCGCUCCAUCGCCUCCCUGCUACUACUGCUCUUCCUCUUCAUCAUCAUCUUCUCCCUCCUGGGGAUGCAGCUCUUUGGAGGAAAGUUCAACUUUGAUGAGAUGCAGACUCGGAGGAGCACGUUUGAUAACUUUCCCCAGUCCCUCCUCACCGUGUUUCAGAUCCUGACCGGGGAGGACUGGAAUUCGGUGAUGUAUGAUGGGAUCAUGGCUUAUGGCGGCCCCUCUUUUCCAGGGAUGUUAGUCUGUAUUUACUUCAUCAUCCUCUUCAUCUGUGGAAACUAUAUCCUACUGAAUGUGUUCUUGGCCAUUGCUGUGGACAACCUGGCUGAUGCUGAGAGCCUCACAUCUGCCCAGAAGGAGGAAGAAGAAGAGAAGGAGAGAAAGAAGCUGGCCAGGACUGCCAGCCCAGAGAAGAAACAGGAGGUGGUGGAGAAGCCAGCAGUGGAGGAGACCAAGGAGGAGAAAAUUGAGCUGAAAUCCAUUACAGCUGACGGAGAGUCCCCGCCCACCACCAAGAUCAACAUGGAUGACCUCCAGCCCAAUGAAAAUGAGGACAAGGGUGUCUACCCCAACCCGGAAGCGACAGGAGAGGAGGAUGAGGAGGAGCCUGAGAUGCCCGUGGGCCCACGCCCACGCCCACUCUCGGAGCUGCACCUCAAGGAAAAGGCAGUGCCCAUGCCUGAAGCCAGUGCAUUUUUCAUCUUCAGCCCCAGCAACAGGUUUCGCCUCCAGUGCCACCGCAUUGUCAAUGACUCGAUCUUCACCAACCUGAUCCUCUUCUUCAUCCUGCUCAGCAGCAUUUCCCUGGCUGCGGAGGACCCGGUCCAGCACACCUCCUUCAGGAACCAUAUCCUAGGCAAUGCAGACUAUGUCUUCACUAGUAUCUUUACAUUAGAAAUUAUCCUUAAGAUGACUGCUUAUGGGGCUUUCCUGCACAAGGGCUCCUUUUGCCGGAACUACUUCAACAUCUUGGACCUGCUAGUGGUCAGCGUGUCCCUCAUCUCCUUUGGCAUCCAGUCCAGUGCGAUCAAUGUUGUAAAGAUCUUGCGAGUUCUGCGUGUACUCAGGCCCCUGAGAGCCAUCAACCGAGCCAAGGGGCUAAAGCAUGUGGUCCAGUGUGUGUUCGUGGCCAUCCGCACCAUCGGGAACAUCGUGAUUGUCACCACGCUGCUGCAGUUCAUGUUCGCCUGCAUCGGGGUCCAGCUCUUCAAGGGAAAGCUCUACACCUGUUCAGACAGUUCCAAGCAGACGGAGGCGGAAUGCAAGGGAAACUACAUCACGUACAAGGACGGGGAGGUUGACCACCCCAUCAUCCAGCCCCGCAACUGGGAGAACAGCAAGUUUGACUUUGACAAUGUCCUGGCAGCCAUGAUGGCUCUCUUCACCGUCUCCACCUUUGAGGGGUGGCCAGAGCUGCUGUACCGCUCCAUCGACUCCCACACGGAAGACAAGGGCCCCAUAUACAACUACCGUGUGGAGAUCUCCAUCUUCUUCAUCAUCUACAUCAUCAUCAUUGCCUUCUUCAUGAUGAACAUCUUCGUGGGUUUCGUCAUCGUCACCUUCCAGGAGCAGGGAGAGCAGGAAUACAAGAACUGUGAGCUGGACAAGAACCAGCGUCAGUGUGUAGAAUAUGCCCUCAAGGCCCGACCCCUGCGGAGGUACAUACCCAAGAACCAGCACCAGUACAAAGUGUGGUAUGUGGUCAACUCCACCUACUUUGAGUACCUGAUGUUCGUCCUCAUCCUGCUCAACACCAUCUGCUUGGCCAUGCAGCACUACGGUCAGAGCUGCCUGUUUAAAAUGGCCAUGAACAUCCUCAACAUGCUCUUCACUGGCCUCUUCACUGUGGAGAUGAUUCUGAAGCUCAUUGCCUUUAAACCCAAGGGUUACUUUAGUGAUCCCUGGAAUGUUUUUGACUUCCUCAUCGUAAUUGGCAGCAUAAUUGACGUCAUUCUCAGUGAAACUAAUCACUAUUUCUGUGAUGCAUGGAAUACGUUUGACGCCUUGAUUGUUGUGGGUAGCAUUGUUGAUAUAGCAAUCACCGAGGUAAACCCAGCUGAACAUACCCAAUGCUCUGACUCUAUGAAUGCAGAGGAGAACUCCCGCAUCUCCAUCACCUUCUUCCGCCUCUUCCGGGUCAUGCGCCUGGUCAAGCUGCUGAGCCGUGGGGAGGGCAUCCGGACGCUGCUGUGGACCUUCAUCAAGUCCUUCCAGGCCCUGCCCUACGUGGCCCUUCUGAUCGUGAUGCUGUUCUUCAUCUAUGCCGUGAUCGGGAUGCAGGUGUUUGGGAAAAUUGCCUUGAAUGACACUACAGAGAUCAACCGGAACAACAACUUUCAGACCUUCCCCCAAGCUGUGCUGCUCCUCUUCAGGUGUGCCACCGGGGAGGCAUGGCAGGACAUCAUGCUGGCCUGCAUGCCAGGGAAGAAGUGCGCCCCGGAGUCUGAACCCCACAACAGCACGGAAGGGGAGGCGCCCUGUGGCAGCAGCUUCGCCGUCUUCUACUUCAUCAGCUUCUACAUGCUCUGUGCCUUCCUGAUUAUCAACCUCUUCGUAGCUGUCAUCAUGGACAACUUUGACUACCUGACAAGGGACUGGUCAAUCCUUGGUCCCCACCAUUUGGACGAAUUUAAAAGAAUCUGGGCAGAGUAUGACCCUGAAGCCAAGGGUCGUAUCAAACACCUGGAUGUGGUGACCCUGCUCCGGCGGAUUCAGCCCCCACUGGGUUUUGGGAAGCUGUGCCCUCACCGUGUGGCUUGCAAACGUCUGGUCUCCAUGAAUAUGCCUCUGAACAGUGAUGGGACGGUCAUGUUCAAUGCCACCCUAUUUGCCCUGGUCCGGACAGCCCUGAGGAUCAAAACAGAAGGGAACCUGGAACAAGCCAAUGAGGAGCUGCGGGCCAUAAUCAAGAAGAUCUGGAAGCGGACCAGCAUGAAGCUGCUGGACCAAGUAGUGCCCCCCGCGGGUGAUGAUGAGGUCACGGUCGGCAAGUUUUAUGCUACUUUCCUGAUCCAAGAGUACUUCCGGAAAUUCAAGAAGCGCAAAGAGCAGGGCCUCGUGGGCAAGCCCUCCCAGAGGAACGCCUUGUCCCUGCAGGCUGGCUUGCGCACGCUGCACGACAUCGGGCCCGAGAUCCGACGGGCCAUCUCCGGAGACCUGACAGCAGAGGAGGAACUAGACAAAGCCAUGAAGGAGGCUGUGUCUGCCGCCUCUGAAGACGACAUCUUCAGGAGGGCCGGUGGCCUGUUUGGCAACCAUGUCAGCUACUACCAAAGCGACAGCCGGAGCACCUUCCCCCAGACCUUCACCACUCAGCGCCCGCUGCACAUCAACAAGGCCACCAACAGCCCAGGCGACACCGAGUCCCCGUCCCAUGAGAAACUGGUGGACUCCACCUUCACCCCCAGCAGCUACUCAUCCACUGGCUCCAAUGCCAACAUCAACAACGCCAACAACACUGCCCUGGGCCGCUUUCCCCGCCCCACCCGCUACCCCAGCUCCGUCAGCGCCGUGGAGGGCCAUGGGCCCCCCUUGUCUCCCGCCAUCCGGGUGCAGGAGGCAGCGUGGAAGCUCAGCUCCAAGAGGUGCCACUCCCGGGAGAGCCAGAUAGCCAUGGUGUGUCGGGAGGAGUUUUCUCAGGACGAGACCUACGACGUGCAGAUGGGUGACGACGCGGAGUACUGCAGUGAGCCCAGCCUGGUCUCCACAGACAAGCUCUCCUACCAGGAUGAGGAAAGCCGGCAGUUGGCACCGCCAGAGGACAGGAGGGACACCCGGCAAUCUCCAAAGAGGGGCUUCCUCCGCUCGGCCUCCCUGGGUCGGAGGGCCUCCUUCCACCUCGAAUGUCUGAAGCGACAGAAGAAUCAAGGGGGAGACAUCUCUCAGAAGACAGUCCUGCCCUUGCAUCUGGUUCAUCACCAGGCAUUGGCAGUGGCGGGCCUGAGCCCCCUCCUCCAGAGAAGCCAUUCUCCCACCACGUUCCCCCGGCCGUGUGCCACCCCGCCGGCCACGCCCAGCAGCCGAGGCUGGCCCCCGCAGCCCAUCCCCACCCUUCGGCUGGAAGGAACUGAGUCCACUGAGAAACUCAACAGCAGCUUCCCAUCCGUCCACUGCAGCUCCUGGUCGGGGGAGCCCACGCCCUGCGAGGGGAGCAGCAGCGCCACGCGGAGAGCCCGGCCGGUGUCCCUCACUGUGCCCAGCCAGGCCGGGGCCUGGGGCAGGCAGUUCCACGGCAGUGCCAGCAGUCUGGUGGAAGCAGUCUUGAUUUCGGAAGGACUGGGGCAGUUUGCCCAAGAUCCCAAGUUUAUCGAGGUCACAACCCAGGAGCUGGCUGACGCCUGCGACAUGACCAUCGAGGAGAUGGAGAACGCUGCAGACAACAUCCUCAGUGGGGGCGCCCAGCAGAGCCCCAACGGCACCCUCUUACCUUUUGUUAACUGCAGGGACCAGGGGCAGGACAGAGCAGGGGGCGAGGAGCCCGGGCCCUGUGGGCCCAGCCAGGAGCCUCAGAGGAGCGAGGAGGAGCUGCAGGACAGCAGAGCCUACGUCAGCAGCCUGUAGGAGCUGGGCUGGGAGAUGAUGGGUUUUUUAUUUGUCUCAAUGUUCCUAAAGGGUUCGUUUCAGAAGUGCCUCACUGUUCUCGUGACCUGGAGUUAACGGAACAGCGUCUUCAUUCAUUUCGUUGGGACAAGACACAGAGUUGGGUGGUAUGGAGAGUCAGCUUUUUGGGGGGAAGAAAAGCAGCAACCCCAGUUUGUGUCCAAGGAGGUAGAGUGGUGAGGAGGAGGAGGAGGAGGUGGAAGGGUCAGGGAGGGAGCAAGAGAAGGCCGCCUGCUCUCCUGUGGUUUUGCAAGCCCCGUGCCAGGAACCAGCCUUCACCUUGGGCACAAAAGAGACCCUCAGCUUCCUGUGGUAGCCCCCACCGAAAAGGACCUUUGUCAAACGGGUGUCUUUCAACUUUGCUUGUACAAAAAUCAUUUUGCACAUAUUGUGUACGAGCCUCACUGUCCCCAUAGAGCCAGGGCCCUGUGGAUCUGCAGAAGGAGGCAGGCAUGACUCCCACCCCCCACCCCCACCAGAGAGGGAAGAGCAGGCAGCAGGAGGCCAGGAGCUGGGAGCCAGGAGGGAGGGCGCUUGGCCAAGCGGCAGCUGCCCCACCCCCACCUCCAGCCGCCUGCUGCCCGCCUAUGUCAGGAUCACCUUCCCCUCAAUGGCCCCCAGUCCAGCAGCCCAGCCCGCCGGCCAGCCUGCAGCAGAGGCGGCGAGGGGAGCGGCGAGUCCUGCAGGAAGGGGCAGCCAGCACUGGACAACGCGAGGAGGAGCUGGGUUCUGCUGAGCGCUCCUUUGUUCUGUGGUUUGACAUUUCUCUUGACAGCAUGUUGCAGUUUUCAUUUUGUUGUUUUGGGGUUUUUUAUUUUAUUUUCCCAGGAGGAGGGGAGGAAGAGGAGUGUUUACGAAGUUCAGUAGCCACCACCUUAUUGUUUUCACUCUUGCAAAUGUAAAUCGGGUUCAGUUUGAUCCUGUGAUUAAACGGGUGUGGUUUCCUUUUCCUACAGAGGGUCCUUGCAGUCCCUGUGGGAGAGUUUUACCAGACGUUGUGUAUGCCCAGUAAUUUGUAUGGUUUCCAUAGGUAGUAAACAUGGUUUUCGAUUGGUUUUAUAAUUUAAAGGUAAUCAGCAAUGCACUUCACAGGGGCUUGCACAGAUGGGUGACUGAGGGGUUCUCUCCCACGCUGGGUAUAUGGGUGGCCGGAAGAGAGGAAGCGUGUUUGAGAGUCUCUGAGUGUGAUCCGCAUGUAGUGGGUUGUCUGUUUGCGUGUGUCGGCCGUGUGUACGUGCGCCCACGCGGGGGCCCUGCGCCCAGUGAGUGUGCAGCGCCCCAUUUCUGGGUUAACUGGGGGGAUCUGAAUCCAGGGCCAUUUGAGAGCAAAAACAAAUCACUGUCUCUGCUUCUGAAACAGGAAUCAGUAACUUUGCAUUUUCUGUCCCACAAGAUAUGCAAAAACAAUGCAAUAAUAUUCAUUUUAAAAAUACAAUUGUGAGUCUUGUUGGCAUUAAAACUGUAUUUUAAAAAACACAGAAAUUUAAGGAAAAACUCAAGAAGGUGUUUUGCUUCUAUAUAUUCCGUGUAAUGUUUUAUUGCAUUGAUAAUGUUUCUGUUGAAGAAACCGUUAUACUUGAAUUCAGGUCAGUUUCAGUAUUUUACAAUUAUUUUUUUAAAAUUGAAUUGCAAUUGUGCCAAGCGAAUAUAAUGAAUUAAGUUUGUUUUUGAAUUCACCUCUUGUAUAUUUUGCUGCAUGUAAGUAAAUCAUUUUGUAUUUGGAGUGUGACAAGCUUUACCUUUGAACUCUUAAGUGCUUUUCUAUAUGUGGUUGGGGGAAGGGAGGCUUUUUUUUAAUUUGUACAAUGAGCAAGGGUAUCACCAGUGUAAAUCAUUAUUCUGCUACCCACCGACAGGUUUGGACAUUACUGUUUUGCAUAUCUUGUGUUUGCUUCCGUUUCCCUCAAUUUUCCCAAAACUAUGACAGACAUAUUUGUACUACAUCUCAUUUGAGAGACCAGGCCAUAGCUCACUCCAAUCGUCACUCCAUCUACUCUGCACCAGUUCUCUGUUUGGGUAUUUCUCUAGGGACAGCCCUUACUGUGAGGGGUCGUGAGGCAUUCUGACCGGCCUCUCUCCUCACUGCGCUAGCCUCCGCGUCCCCUGGAGGAGAGGCAAGGUGGCUGACUUUUCACUCCCACGGCACAAGUUUUGCUCAGUGGUUUUUCAGGGAAGUAUACACUGACCAAGAGAAUAGGAGGAGAGUUGGGCUGGCAGGAGGGGAAGGACAUCCUGGCUCUGGCAACUGCUCUACCCAAACUCAGAUAGCAGGGGCUAGAAAGAGGCAACCAGGUAAAAUGCUUGUCCAUCCAAAAGUCAGCUCUGUCUUGCUCAUCUCUCCAUCUUUCCUUCACUCUGGGGCAGGACUUCCCGCAGACUCCCGUGGUGUGUGUGGCAGCUGUGAAGGGGACCAGGACAAGAGACGCAGCAUCGGGGGUUCACAGGGGUGGUGGAACCAGAGAUUUUGUGGGAGCUUCUCUUAUGCCAGUUUGCAUCACCCUACUGAUGCUGCCCUUUGAAUAGAUUCCAGCAGUGAUGGUCAAAAAGGGACUCACUUGGGGGAAACAGGACCCAGCCGUUCAUCUGGAUUUUACCCACUGGAUCUCUCCCAGACCCAUGUAUUCUCAGCCUUUCUUGGCACUUAUAUAAGCAAACUAGAAAUUUAAAUUGGGGAAUUCCAUUCCUCAGUGAAGAUGAGUUUUGUUUUCAUGAACUGAUUCAUGAAAAUGUGGAGAAAUGGGCCAGAAACUAACAAAAGCGUUUCUUCCUGUUUCUCUGAGCCCAACUCAUCCAGGCUUUCUUGGCUCCUUCUCGGUGCCAUCAAGGUCUUCUAGACACUAGGUUUAGGGGUUACCCUUUGUCUGGUUUCCCAAAAUGCCUGCCACUGUGCCACUAAGAUGUUAGUUAUGAUAGAGAGGGGAGCCCUUUUGGAUUGAUAUCUGGUUCUUGCUGUACACUUGAUCCCUAGAUAAAAUUUGGAAUCUUAAUUACCACACACACACACACACACACACACACACACACACACCCUUUUCCUGCUGCGUUCUAUUUUUUUCCUUUUGGACUUUUCAUCAGCAUCGCCACAUCUCAUUGGCCAGCAGCAUGGGCUACAGGCUGGCUUGUUCCAGCUACUCCUAGGGUCCUGCCUAAGUACGGCACCCUUGUUUUUCACCACUUACACCCAAAGGCUCCCUUCUCCUUUAUAGUCAACUCUGUCCAGAAGACCAGCUAGCCGUCCUCCCUGCCCCAUAGAACAGUGUCAGCUGUGACCAGGACACUUUGCCCGGUGCAGCUGUGAAGGAAAGGAGCUUCCGAUGACAGCGCCCAGUCGAGUGUCUUUCUGAACUUGACCUCAUGCUGGACUCGUGCAGGAUGGACAUUUGAUGCCUGUCAUCAUCACAGACUAGUAAAAUCAGUUGUGAAAUCAAUGAGCCUCAUCCACUGUGUACUGGGUGAUGUAGAACUUUCCCCAUGACCUUGAAAAGCAAAGUGGUCGAAUCUUCUGAAAACCUUGGGGCGGCAGGGAAAAGCAGACCGCGCUGAGUGAGGACCAGAAGGACUUGGAGAAGUUCAGCUUAAGUUCUGGGUUUUGGUGAACUUUGUUUUUAUUUUCUUCCGAAGAGCCCAGCCUCUUUCAUAUCCAGACCUUGGUCUGUUACCGAUCAUUCGUGUGCAUGGCUACGUUAAGCAGAGGGGUUUCCAGCUGUCUCCUUUCUGCCUGCUCCUAGAAGAUUCCCUUGGGUCUGGAGGUAAAAAGAGAAGACUUUCCCCCUAGAUGUUGGCUUGAUUCAUGAAUUUUUCUCUGCUUUGCUUCAGAAGCUAUUAGUUCCAGCCCCUUCCUCAGCUUCCAGUCGGAUAGACAUCCCUCUGACUGGGCAAUCCAAGGACAAAGGAACAAGACUUCCUCACUCAGUCUUAUUCUCCUCUGGGCCCUGCUCUCUAAUUUCAGGAGCUUGUUUGCAGUGAAGCUGCCUGUCACUUGCACACAACCAUCUCCUCGGGAAUCCUGCUUAGCCUGCACUGGGCAUAGUCCGGCCACCAGGGGAGAAGUGUGCCUCUCUGCCAAAGCAAUGACUUUCCGAGAAAUAAGCACCUAAAGAGGAGGAGUUUGGAAGUUGUCAAAAGGGUGAUGGUUGUUUUACAGAGGCCCGUCCCUCCUAAAGGCCAAGGAAUAGAACAAGAACUUGAAUUAGGCAUAAAGAACCCUGACAGUCAGUGUUUUAGCCUCAUCACACCAGAAUCAUACCUGUUGCUAAGGAAGAUGACGGCCUCUCCAUCCCUACAGAACCCGAAGAAUUGAAAUAUCAUCAUCUAAGAGUUAGAAGCAGUUUAGCAAAGAGACCAAGAGAAAGGGCAACCCGGUUUUAGAAGGACCUCUUUCAGCACCAGGGGAGCUAAAAACUUGCAGAUAGAGUCCAGGCCAGUUCUGAUUUUGAAGAUAUGGCUCUGGUCUGGGGAGAGUGUAAGCACAGGGGCUUAAGGGCAUGUUUUGACUUCCUGUGUGCCUGUUCCCAUGUUAUGGAAAGAAGUGUCCAGUUCAACCACUCGCAAUGGCCAGUGGAGAGGCCCAUGUCUCGAGGAUCUACUGUGGAAGAAGAUAAAAGUAAAAUUUUUUCUCACAUUGUUUCCCAACCAAAUCAAAGUUAUCUGGCUGGAUGUGGGGUGCUGUCACCCUGUCUUCCCUCUCUGCAGAUACCCCGCCCUCGUGUUAGCCAGCGCACCACUGAAGCAAGCCCCGGUCAGAGGCAGGGGGUGAGGCUCAAGGUCACCACUGCCCAGCUUCUCCAGCAAUACAGCUGAGGAGACAUAAGGGAAGGCGAUGAGGGAAUGAAGUGUCCUGCAACUGUUGGGGGCUCUGUCCCCUUCCCUAAGCAGCUCUCUCUAUUUCAGCCUCUUGCCCCAACUCCCCAGGUCCCCUCCCCUCUCCCCACCAGUCUAGUGAGAGAGAAUGAAAGGAGUCCCAUGUGCAAUUCUUACAUAGUUUUUUGUGAAGCCAUUUCUGGUUCUUACUUUAUUUAUUUAUUUGUUUGUUUAUUUAUUUAUUUAUUUUUUCAAAGCAAUGAAGCAUUGCCUUGUGGAGCCAGAUACCAAUACAACAGGUAAACGGGUAUCUGCCAGGUUUCCACAUUGUCGGGAAGACACUUGAACAACACGUGUACACACAUACACAAAUACACAUACACACACAAAUAUACUCACACACACAUACACUCACACACACACACACACACACACACACACACACACCAACAUCCUUGAGGGACAAGUGCUGGUGCCACGGCUGAGCUCUAGACAAAUGAUUUUGUCUCCGCCCAGAAGGCUGAGCACUGUAUAGCCAGAGACUGGGGAGAGGGUGGAAAUAGUGCCUGAGCUUAUCAUGACUAGGAAUUAAGUAAACAUCUUAAUUCAUCUACACUAAGAAAAUGCUACUACUCCUAAAGUCAAGGCCUUUUCCUCACAUGAUUUCAAGGGGCUCAGCCCCCAUCAGAUGCGGGGAAAGACCUCUGCCUUCUGGUGGAUUGGGAAGCACGGACUCUGUCUCUGGAAGGGAACUCGAGACCAAUAGACUCUCCUCAGCUAAGUUAAAGGCACUCGCUCACCACUGAGAGCAGAGGCGGCGUUGAGAUUGUUCUCUACUAAACUAAGGAAGACACGACCAAGACCAUACAAUUAAACAAAAGCUUGAAGUGUCACACCACCAGUCAAAUAUCUUCCACUCCAAGGAGGCUGGCCUUUUCACAGGUGUGCUCCCCGCUGUGGGGCAGCCCAUGCUCCCAGUUUUCAGGAUCUGAAUCAUCUGAUUUGUAUCAGGCUCCUAGAAAGGGUACAUGACACUUAAUCUUCCAUGAAUCAGUCAUUUGCUACACACCUACCAUCUAAAAGUCACUCGCACACACCUCAUAAAUCAGAAAAUGCCAUAAUCAGACAAAGUCCUUGGUGGGUAAGUAGUAAGAGGUGAUUUCUAUGCAAGGAAAUACAGAAAUGGACAGAAUAAUUCCUGUUCACAGUUUGGGGCUGAGAACUCUUGCUCUGAUGUUUGUGGAGCCUUUGAGUUUAGAAGCAGGGGGGGUAAGGGAAAGAGGUGAGCAGAUAUCAGCCUUGGCGGUGGCGCUGCUACAGGAGCCUGAGGGCUGCACAUUUCCAGGCCCCAGAAAGUCCUUCCUGAGCCUGCAGCCGGGAGGAGAGAAGAGAAGGCCACUUGCUGCAGAGUCACAGGAAGUAGAGGAUGGGUCACUGGGCCCUGUCCCAAGCCCCUCCCCCUAAGGACUCCCAACAUGGAGAAACUAUACUGAGGCUUGAAAGGAGAAAACAAAACUUGAAAACCAAGGGUAGACCGCUGUAAGCCAACAAUCCCGUGCAAAGGGCUCCUUCAGAAGGCAACUCAACGCUGUGGGCACCUCUCCGCUUGCUCAGGCCGCACAUCACACAUCAGCCAUGUCCAUUCCCCCGCACCUGGACUCCAUCUCUUGACUCCCCACCCAGGCUGUGCACCACCCAGAGCAUAUGCUGGUCUCCCUGUGCCUGGGGGAAGAAGGUCUAGCACAGAAGUAGGCUGUGGAUAUCAAAGACAUACACAGGAUUCACAGCCUAGGAUGGGAGCGGUGAGAACAACCUGUGGAAAAACACACACGUUCAUUAAGAAAUAGGGUGGCAGGUGCCCAGUUGGUGAAGCACUGGAAUGUCUAUUACUCUCAUAAUUUUCCAGUUUGGUUUUAACCCCAGAGGUACCAAGCAAGACUUCCCUUCAUGUAAGAGGCUCCAGGUCCAGCCCGCCCAUCCAUCACUCUUCUCCUCACUUCCUCCAUCCUCUUGCUCAGGCCGACCCUCAUACCCCCAAACCAAGCUGUGUCAUGCUUGUUCUCAGAGAGAUGUAGAAAGAUGGACAGUGCCUCCAUGGUCACCCCAAUGCCUGUCAUCAUCCCCACACACCUGCACACCCCACUCCUUCCCCUCCAGGCUCCACGGAUUUGCAGUCUUAUUAUUGUAAAUAUUGUUGUACAGUUUGUAAUCAUCAAAUAAUCCCGUUGUCAAAGGCCUCGCCUGCUGCGCCUUCUCGCCCUUGAGAAAGGCCAGGGAAUCUACAAGGGGCGGCCUUUCCAGAAGAGCUUCAGGGUGGUGAUCUCUGUGUGAGACGCUAUGUAUAUUCCUGUAAGAUUGCAUUUUUAUCUGAGGAAUAAUGUUAUUUAAAAAAGCAAAAACAAAAACAAAAAAAUAAGAAUUGCAAAUAAAUUUCUUAACAACGUC